AGAGAGAGAGAGAGAUGAGGCUAUGGACCGCGACCGUUCACUCUCGCUGUCGGCGAUGUAACACAUCGACAGCAUCCAUUCAUUCUGGACGCACUGGAAAUAAUGCUUAGGCUACUUUAUUAUUUGUGCGCUACAACAAAAAGCACUCCUGCGUGCGUUCGCCUCAACUAAUUGUUGCUUUUCAGACGGGAAUCCCUCCCUGUAGGCUUAAAUUACAUCUCUGCAGCAUCCUUGCAGAGUAGCCUCUGCUGUCGAUUCCAUUUUUCCUCUCUCUCUCUCUCUUCUCCCGGCUGCAUUUUGAGGUGCCAUCGACGGAACCGGAGACUGGGCUCAGACAUCUGGCGGGGCUUCUGCAAGCAGCAUCCUGGACCAGCCGCGGACGGACGGUCUCAUUCAUCGGAGUGGAGUAGAUAAUUAGAGAGAAAGAGAGAAAAAAGUUCCCCAGCCACGCACGAGCGUUUCGUGCAUGGAUUUAGGUUGAUGCGAAUUAUUUUCAAAAGGCGUCAGGGAGCCAGUGUAUAGGCAGGCUUGGUGUGCAGAUGAGGAUUACGAAGUCGUGCUCGUCAGACGCGGCGCUGUUCACCUGGAAUACCUGAAGCUCUCUAAAUGACACGCAGCUGCAUCAACUUAUCAACACUGUUGCAUGUUUUUUACACGACUUGAUAUGUCGGCCCCUGUGGCCUAGCCCGCAGAUUUAUGUUUCAAACAGGCUAAGAUCGGUCGCUGUUGAUUCGGAGCUCCCGGAGUGCCAGAAACUCGCAGCAGCUGAAUUAACACGCCGCGGUCCUCCAUCCUCAAGAGGAUGCUGCCUGAAGCGCAAUGAUGCACGGGACUUGGAGGAUUUUCUAAUCAGGAUGACAUUCGGUUGAAACCCCCGUGGGCCAAAACACAGAACAAACUCUCUUUUUAUUAUUAUUAAUUUUUUUUAAACAUUUUAUUUUAUUUUAUUUUUUUAAUUAUCUUUUGCGGCAAGAAGCUGCAUCAAAGAUCCGACCUCUGCCGAACUAGACUCUCGGUUUUCAGUCUCGGUUCGGGGAGAUGGCCGCGAUCGCCAGCUCCCUGAUCCGGCAGAAACGCCAGGCGAGGGAGUCGAACAGCGACCGGGUCUCUACUUCGAAACGUCGCCCCAGCCCCAGCAAAGACCCCCGCUCUCUCUGCGAGAGGCAUUUCUUGGGGGUCUUCAGCAAAGUCCGCUUCUGCAGUGGCAAGAAAAGACCCGUUCGGCGGCGACCAGAUGCACCCUCGAAACCUCCACAGGUGUCCCAUAAGGGCUGCAGGCUAGAGCCGCAGCUGAAAGGCAUCGUGACACGACUGUUCAGCCAGCAGGGCUUCUACCUGCAGAUGCAGCCGGAUGGAACCAUCGACGGCAGCAAGGACGAGAACAGCGACAACACCCUGUUUAAUCUUAUUCCUGUGGGUCUGAGAGUGGUGGCCAUUCAGGGGGUGAAGAGUGGCUUCUACAUCGCCAUGAAUGGCGAGGGCAUGCUCUACAGCUCGGAGAUGUUCACACCAGAGUGUAAGUUCAAGGAGUCAGUUUUUGAAAACUACUAUGUGAUCUACUCGUCCACUGUGUACCGACAGCAGGAGUCGGGCCGUGCCUGGUUCCUCGGCCUCACCAAGGAGGGGCAAGUCAUGAAAGGCAAUCGGGUCAAGAAGACUAAGCCCUCAUCACACUUUGUGCCCAGGCCCAUUGAAGUUUGUAUGUACAGGGAGCCGUCACUGCAUGAGAUAGAGGACAAGCACCGCUCCAGAAAGAGCUCAGGGACUCCCACCAUGAACGGAGGGAAAGCUGUCAAUCAGGACUCUACAUAGCAGCAAGGGGUGGGGCUUCCAACAGGGGCGUGGCCUCAUCCUGACUCAGGGGGAGGGGCCAUAGGAAAACUCACCGCCCCCCAAAAUACAUACCACCAUCCCCUCUGAAAAGAUAAAGAGGGCGUUGUGAUGACAACGAGGAGCUAUUACUGUACACCCAAGACAACAAAAACAAAAACUGAACUCUUGCCUGUGAAAACCUUUUAGAUGAAUUAAUAUGAAAACCAGAGGAUAUAUAUAUAUGAAAAAAAUAUUUUCAAUCAGGACUUGACCAACAUUUUAUGCAAAAAAAGAUAAAAAGCUGUGAUAAACAAACAAAGGAAUGGUGGUCUCUCUUCACACGAAUACAAAUAUCUAUCAUUUCCAAUUUAUGCUGUGAAAAACAAGCUUUAAUACAUGUUCAGUUUUCAUACAUUGAGUUUUUUUUCUAAAUGCUGUUUCACUCUCAUAUGCUUUAUUGUGUUAUUGCUGUCAGUAAUAACUAUAUCAUCAUCAUUACUAAUCAGUUGCUCUUACCAUUCCAAUUACUAUCACAGUUCUGACUUUCUUUUGUUUUUGAGACUAAAGGAAGUUUUUUUUUUUUUUCCAGAUUAAUCCUAUGUUUUUCUCUUAGUUUGAUCUUGAAUGCACUGUCACACUACCUGCUCUGGUGUGAGGGUAAGACUGAAUGUAUCUGAUAGUUCUCUGUGUUGUGUUGGAUUCCAAUUGAAACAGAGUGCUUAAGGUGGGAUGUAAUUUACUCAGGUGUGUACUGUAAGUUAGACUAAUGAGACUAAUAGGACAGAUAGGGCUGCUUGAAAUACUCUGACAUGAACUCCCCUAUGUUGACCUGCUAUGACAAGACAGGUCUGAUACAAGCAAUAUAACAGAGAGCAGUCUAGUAUGUCUUUAAAUAAUGCUAAUAACAAGCUGGCAAUGCAUCUCUGUGGUUGGUGUGUUUGUCAGUAGAGGAGACUGACAAAGAAAGUUGGGUAAGCAGGUACAAGUCUGAAUCAAAGGAAAACAGUUUUGAUAUAGCUUCAAUAUACUCUUAACAUUUGUGAGGAUUAUUAGGUUUUAGGUAAAGAGAUGUCCAAACUUGUCUAAAAUGGCAAAGAAUAGUAUUCUCUCUAAAAGCUGAGAGGACAAUAAUGACCAGCAUCAGCACUAUGAGCCAUGGCCAAAAACGGUCACUUCACAUUUGCACCUCAAGAAACACAAGACCCCUUUCUCUGCUGUUAGCUAGGCUAUAGCAACAACUCUCCAAGUAUAACUAUAUAACAGUAUUCAUGCUUUUCAACUAUAUGGACAAAUCAUAAAAUAAUCCUUGAUAAAAGACUUCUGCUGUUUUUCUCUAAGCAAGAGAAAGGAUUUGGCAGGCUUGGCAGCGAAGGACUGUGUUGACUUUUUUUUAAGAAGCUCUGUGGUUUCUGUUACCUUUAUAGUGAAAGAGAUUAGAGAAUUCUCAACACUGGUGGACAGGGUGCCUGACUGUUUGAUAAUCCACUGACUUGACCUGUUGAUAUUUUUGAUGUUUAAGGUCACAAUCAUUAAGCCUUUCCUGUCACAAUGGAAGCAGAGCGCUUCAUUGAGGAACCAGUUCAUCUGGAUUUAGCCAGAUUCGAGGAAGGAUGUCUUACCAUCCCAGUGAGAGCAUCUCGCCAUUUGUUUUCUCUGGUAACCCAUACAGUCUCCAUCCCUCCUGGUUUUGUGACCCAUGAAAUGAGCCAUUUGCUGCAUUGUGGAGGAAAGCUUCUCUUUCAUAAAUCAACAUGCUGACAGGACUGUAUAAACAAGGUGAAUUGACUGGUACACCGCGCACGCCGUGUACGCCGCAUAACUCAUUCCUAAUCCCCAAUUAGUUUGUCUAACUCAGGAAGUCCUACAAUUGUUCUGUGAAUGGGGCCAUGCGUAAAGGCUGACCGCUUGUUGUCCAGCACCUGUUGCACAAAGCCUGGCCGCCGGUGUGGUAUUCAAGGAGGUCGUAAUGGGGUCAUUGGUGUUUUUAAUCAUUAAAGACGGUGUACAGCUAAACCUAGCCAGGAGAGGAAGGUUGGAAAAAGAGACUGGAGGAGGCGAGACAAAGCAUGAACAUCGCAUGACUGUUAAAGUUGAUGUAAGCUUAGUUUGAUGUCAAGGUGAGAGCAACUAAAAGAUUAUUUCAAACUUGGGGGAGAAUAGGUCCAAAACCUUUUAUGCAACAUUUUGAUCCAUAUUUUAGCGAGAGUUUAUAGACCUCUCCUAUAUCUGGUUGAGGAAUCGUAUGCUAGGUUGGUGGUAUGUACAGUAAAAUAGCACACAUUCAGUUGCACAGAGCAAAUCGCAGUGAUAUAUCAUCAUGGAUCUGGGAGGGUCUUCCACCUGGGGCCCAGAUCCGUAGCUGGUGCAAGUUUCCUGCAAGAGCUAAUGGUAGAUUAGUUCAACUUCCACAGCACCUACAGCAUAACAGUGAUACAUACAGUAUAUUAGAUGUGACACUGAGAGUCAACAGGCAAGACCAGCAUAUAUAAGUAUCUUUUUAUAGAGGUUUAUAUUGGUGCAAAUGAGAUACAUGUGGACUUAAAGCAAUGCAUGAAAUUGGAUGUACUCGAUGUCAACUGUUGACAGCAGAAUGAGAGGAUUUGAGAAAGAGAUGAAAAAAGCAAGGAGGUAAAAAUAGCUGAUGUGAGAAAUCAGUAGAGGAGAGCACUUUUGGUGGGUUUAUUGAUGUAUGAAAGGGUGAGCAAAGGCUUCGGUUGUAUGUGGUAUCAAGUAUAAUUUAUUAUUUUUAUGUUUGCAGAUGAUUUCACUGCAUUGGAACACGCUCAUAUAUGCAUUAUGAAUUGUGAGAUGAAAUAAAAAAUAUGCAUUGAUAAUAAAAAUCAGAAUGAAGUUAGUGAUUGUUUAAGAAUAAAGACUAUGUUAUCAAAAACUUUCA